CGAGUUCACUGGGUCUGACUCCUACUGUGGAUUUCAGUAUGCUGCGACGAAAACCAACACGCCUGGAGCUCAAGCUCGAUGACAUCGAAGAGUUUGAGAGCAUUCGAAAGGACUUGGAAACCCGUAAGAAACAGAAGGAAGAUGUGGAAGGUGCAGGAACCAGUGAUGGAGAAGGGGCUGCUGGGCUCAGCAGUGACCCCAAGAGCCGUGAACAAAUGAUUAAUGAUCGCAUUGGUUAUAAACCUCAACCUAAGCCAAACAACCGCUCAUCUCAGUUUGGAAACUUAGAGUUUUAGAGAUGGAUUCUCUCGCAUGCCAGACCUCUGGAAUGGAAUAAAAUGAUGGCAGAAAUACAGAACAGAUUUAGAGAAUUAAGUGUGUACAACGAAGCAGAAUGUUUUCUGUCUCCUGCAGGGAGAAAUAAUGUCUGCAUGAAAUUACUGCUGUUCAACUUUUCUGGUAAGAUAGAAGCCAAAUUCUGGCUUGUUUCUGGAAAAUUGGACUGUGGAAAGCUUACCUGAUUUUUGUUUUUAAAAAUAAAUAUAUUUUU